GUUGAACUCUGGGGCUCCUCGUUGCCAUGGAAACGCCACAACGACGCUCACAGCGGUUCGAUCCACUCAGCGCCCGACACCGGGGUGGACUCACCUGACGAGCAACACCUACGUCGCAGCGAUGUCGAGAAAGAGACAAGCGAAGGAGAAAGCGGAGGAAGAAAAACACGCAGAAGAGUCUCCGAGUGAAAAGGUCGAGACUUUAGAAGACAAACAGUUGCGGCACAUUGCCGUGUCUUUCUUGUCCAUGCGGUGGCUCAAAGUGGAGCUGGAGAACGACGACCUCCUCAGUGUCAAGAGCAUAAAGAUAUCUGGUCGCAAGGUAGACGAGCAGGUGGUCGGUGUGCUGCAGAAGACCCUUCCCUCGUUCAGUCAGCUACAGAGGCUGCAGUUUUGGCAAGCAGGACUGACGGACGGAAUGGUAAUCUCCCUCACGAACACAAUCUCACUGAGCAGCAGCCUCAGGGUUGUGAUAUUAGAGGGUAACCCUCUUCCACAACAGAGCUUCCACUGUCUUCUGUCUGAGGGCAGCACCCUCACUCACUUGUCCCUGCGAAACAACCGGAUAGGAGAUGAUUGCGCUCGUCUGAUUGGGUCUGCUCUAUCAACAACCAGAUCUUCCAACAAGAACCUCAUGUCACUCUGCCUGGCAUUCAACCGUAUUGGUGAUGCAGGCGCUGCUCAUAUUGCACAGGGCCUCCGGUUUAAUCACGCUUUGCUCUUUCUCUCACUGGCCAACAACUGGAUUGAAGAGUCAGGAGCUGCUAGUCUGGCUGAGAUUCUUGGCAACUUUGCUCUAAAGCAUGAAGAAGUUGUGGAGAGGAGGAAGCUGCUUCUGGAGAGAAUAGAGUCUGGAAGUGUGAACUCUCUCGGAACUGAUUCUGCCCUAACAAAUGCGGAUGAACUUCUCAAAACACCCAGCAGCACCUCACUGAAAGGGGAGAAAAAAAGCUCCAAAAAAAGGGCAUCAAGAAAAGAGGAAAAAUCUGCAAACAAAGAGAAGCUGAAGUCGAGCAGGAAAGGAUCAGGUGUAAAGGCACUUCAGAAUAAAAGUCGGAAGACAGGGGACAAAGAAAAGCAACAAUCGGAGGUUCAAUCAUGUGCUUCCCUGACUGAGGUAGAGUCAGUGGAGUCAGGGAACCCUCUGCUGGAUCCAGCACUACAGCACAGGUGUGGACAGCUCUUUCUGCCCGGAAACAGGACUCUGGUCUCUCUCAACCUGGCAGGAAACAGAAUCACAGAGAAGGCACUGCCACUGUUCAAGACUGCACUGGAGAUGCAAAAGGAGGGAGGACUUCUGCGUCUCUGUCUGCAGAGGAACUGCUUCUCCGAAAAUUGCGAGACCCAUGUGAAGAUACAGCACCUGUUGGCAAAGAGACAUGAGAGAAAAAAGCAUGCUGUCAAGAUACAAACAGAGGGAGGGGUUGCGAAUUGACACCGCUGUCACUGUAUAUCUUUUUUUAUAUUAACACGUAUUGUCUGGGAAACAUGGUGAGGUUUUAACUGAAACAGUCUAGUGACACAUAAAGGGGCAGUCGAUGUGGCUCAUUAAGAUCCAGAUGCCUGUGUACAGAUCUGUUUUACUGCUUUGUUUUGCUCACAGUCCUGAUUUAUACCAAGGACAAAGACUGACAACAGCAAAAUGCCAAGUGCUGGAAAUAAGCCAACAAUAAAGACUUCCUGAUUUGUUUUGA